GCCCGAAGGGCACAGAUACCUUCCUCGUUAAUUAGGUCAUGCUUUUGUGAGCCAGGACAAGGGUUGUGUUCGCUGCGAGCGGCUACCACUGUGCGGGAGCGCACGCUCCCUGGUGCCGUCUACAUGCUGGGGGAGCGGACUUUACGAGGUGGAGGUGGAAGUGGAGCCGAAUCUCCGAAGCCCUGAAAUAGUCACCAUGGGGGAAAACGAGCCGCCUGCAGCCGAAACCCCCUUCUCCUUCCGAUCGCUCUUUGGCCUCGAUGAUUUGAAAAUAAGUCCCGUGGCACCAGAUGCAGAUGCAGUUGCUGCCCAGAUCCUGUCUCUGCUGCCACUGAAAUUCUUUCCAAUUAUCGUCAUUGGGAUAAUCGCACUGAUCUUAGCACUGGCCAUUGGUCUGGGCAUUCACUUUGACUGUUCUGGGAAGUACAGGUGCCGGUCAUCUUUUAAAUGUAUUGAACUGGCAGCUCGAUGUGAUGGGACUUCUGACUGCAAAGAUGGAGAGGAUGAGUACCGAUGUGUUCGGGUGAGUGGUCAAAACGCCGUGCUCCAGGUGUUUACAGCUGCUUCCUGGAAGACUGUGUGCUCGGAUGACUGGAAAGGUCUCUAUGCAAACAUCGCCUGUGCCCAGCUAGGUUAUCCAAGCUAUGUGAGCUCAGACCACCUCCGAGUGGACUUGCUGGAGGAGCCGUUUCGAGAAGACUUUGCUGCCAUCAAUCACCUCUUGUCUGAUGACAAAGUGACGGCUUUACACCACUCUGUGUAUGUGAGGGAGAGAUGUGCUUCAGGUCACGUGGUCACGCUCAAGUGCACAGCCUGUGGUUUGAGGUCAGGCUAUGCCUCACGCAUCGUUGGUGGGAAUAUGUCCUCACUUGCGCAAUGGCCCUGGCAGGUCAGCCUUCAGUUCCAGGGGUACCACCUAUGUGGGGGCUCCAUCAUCACUCCAACGUGGAUCGUCACCGCUGCCCACUGUGUUUACGAUCUGUACCUGCCCAAGUCAUGGACCAUCCAAGUGGGUUUAGUUUCCUUGCUGGACAGUCCGGCCCCCUCCCAUUUGGUGGAGAAAAUCAUCUACCACAGCAAGUACAAACCGAAGAGGCUGGGCAAUGACAUCGCCCUCAUGAAGCUGGCUGGGCCACUCACGUUCAACGAGAUGAUCCAGCCCGUGUGCCUGCCCAACUCCGAGGAGAAUUUUCCCGACGGGAAAGUGUGCUGGACGUCAGGAUGGGGGGCCACAGAGGAUGGAGCAGGUGAUGCCUCUCCUGUGCUGAACCACGCAGCCGUCCCACUAAUUUCCAACAAGAUCUGCAACCAUAAGGACGUGUAUGGUGGCAUCAUCUCACCCUCCAUGCUCUGUGCAGGCUACCUGAAGGGUGGCAUCGACAGCUGCCAGGGGGACAGUGGGGGACCUCUGGUUUGCCAAGAAAGGAGGGUGUGGAAGCUGGUGGGAGCAACGAGCUUUGGGAUUGGCUGUGCUGAGGUGAACAAGCCCGGAGUCUACACUCGCAUCACUGCCUUCCUGGACUGGAUCCACGAGCAGCUGGAGAGAGACCUGAAAACUUGA